AUGUCAGCUGUGGUCUUUUACCUUUUUUUGUCUUCUUCCACACACUGUAAAAGCCAACGUUUUCUUAAUAUUAAUUCGCUCCUUAUUUCUUUCUUUCGUUUCCGUUCUUUCAUUAACAUUCUUAGAUAUCUUUUUCUCUUAAGGGACAUGUCAACAACGUCUUCUUCACUAUCCAUUAUUUCUCCCCCUUUCUUUCCCCUAAAAAGUAGUAUUUCAUCCGGAAUGUUCAUGCAACAAGGCGACCGCCAUCGGAUUAGGGCUGAGAAUCGUCCACUCACAGCCAAUAUUUCAUCCUUGUUCGGAUGUCACAACCCAACCACAACGGACACGCCGAAAAAACGCGACUUCUUUCUAUCUAUCUAUCUUUAUAGUCCUGUUUGUCUAAUUCUUUCUAUCUAUCGUUAUAACUCACUUUGCUUAGUUCUUUCUCUCUGUCUUUAUAACCCCAUUUGUCUACUUCUUUCUAUAUAUCUUUAUAUCCCUCUUUGUCUAGUUCUUUCUAUCUUAUAA